AAAAGCAGACAGACGGAGACGCGCAGAGCAGCAGAGUCUGCAGCAUAUGAUCUCCGCCAGAGUCUUCACUGGAGCUAUGAUGUACAGUCUGCUUGCUUAGCAACUUUCGGGAGCAAAUGACCAUGUCAGAGUCUGUACGGAAGAUGCUGAGGGCGAAGCUCGUGGUGCUGGGAAGAGAUAACUGUGGCAAGACAGCUCUGUGUGUCAGAUUCAUUACCAGGCGUUUCAUCGGAGAGUAUGAACAUAAAAGGGAGGUCAACUACAGGUGUCAGAAAAUAGUGGACAAGGAGGCGAUUGAGCUGGAGAUUUUGGACACUGUUAAUAAGGACUGUGUCGGAGCUGCUGCGUCCUCUCUGGAGAGCUCUAUUAAAUGGGGUGAUGGGUUUCUCAUUAUGUACUCGGUGACGGAUCGCAGCAGUUUUGAGGCCGUGUCACGUCUGAAGAGACUGAUUGACCACGUUAAGCAAACGCUCGGUAUUCCAACGGUUGUCGUUGCCAAUAAAUGUGACAUGGAGAACGGCCGAGUUGUGAGGACAGAUGAGGGACAGGCUUUAGCUUCUGAUCUGAGGUGCAGUUUUUUCGAGCUGUCUGUAGCAGAGGACGCUUCGUCUGUGGAGGCUGCGUUUGGUCAGCUGGUGCGUGAAGUGCGUCAGGAGUUUCAGCGCCACCUGCUGGCUAUGGACAAGCGCUCGCGGAUGCUGCAGAUGAGGCACGCGCUCAAAAACAAACUCACUCGGAGUAAAACCAUGCAGUGGUGACCAGAAAGCCCAAAUGCUUCUGUUUUCUUGCGUGACUACAUUUCCGACGAGAACAAGUGCCUUUUAUGAUGAAUUUAUGACAGUCAGAAAAAAGGCGCCGCGUCAAAUGAAAUGUGGAAGCAAUGACUGACUACAGACGCUUGGACAACCAGGUAGUCCCACCUUAAAUUUACGCCACAUUAAGAAGCUGACAUGUCGGAGAACAAUGUAACUUCACACGGUGUAGGAAGUCAGUGGCUGCUUUCCUAAUUCACAUACUUCACUACUACAGAGUAAAAUUUCAUUUUCACAAAUGAAAAGUGUAGCCUAUACAUGUACAAUAUUCAUCAAAUGUUGGCAAAAGUAAGACCUACAAUGUACUGUGCACGACUUACUAUCCAAUUAAGGCCACAGGAGAUUUGUAAAUGUCAGCAAAAUGCAGAGAUAGGUCAUAAUAUGAUAAUGGCAAAAUGGUGAAUAUGUAGUACGGCUGUUUGCAUUCUCAUUACACACAUAAAUACAGAAAAGUCCAAUUACUUUCUACUCACUCGUGAGAGUAUGCUAUUAUGGAAGCAGCCAACCUCUCUGAGCUUUAAACUGGUAUUUUAAAAUCCCAAAAAUCUUUUUAACACUCAACAUUAAUCUCCAUUUGCAUCCCCUUCACUGCUUUGAACUAGAGCCCUCCCAGUGUAACAUUCAUUCUGUUUCUAAAUGUAAUUUUAUGUGUGAGAAGUCAUACGUGCUUAUUUAUAGGCUCCAUGUUCAUUCUGAUUGAUUGAACUUGUCUAGUAUUAUUAAGUCAAGCUUAAAAUGGCAGAUGAUGCACCAUGUGGCAGAUGAUCUGUGUCUUGUGACUUGAUAUUUUGAUGCUCUUUUGAUCCAAUUUCAUUUUCAUAUGUGCCUCUCCGAGACUGAAAUGUCAUGAGGGAACAGAACAAAUUAUAUGGUGUUAGUGUUUUUAUUAUAGACUGCCAUUUUUAGACGUUCUGUGUCCUGGAAGAGUGUAAAGUUCACUCUGAAGUAAAUGUUUUCAAAUGGGUUAUUGGAAA